UAAGGUUUCAGCGAUGAUUCGUUUGUCAUUUUCUAUUGGUGAUUAUCAUGGAGAGGUUGAUUGUGAUAUUGUCCCCAUGCAAGCAUGCCAUUUGCUGCUUGGUCGGCCCUGGCAAUUUGAUGUGGACUCGGUGCAUUUUGGACAGUCUAACAAAUACACUUUCAUUCACAAUGACAAGAAGGUGGUUCUUGUUCCAUUAUCUCCAGAGGAGAUACAUACUUCAGAUAUGGCUCGCAAGAAAAGAGAGGAAUCAGACAAAAGAAAAUUGAGUGAGACCCCCAACCCAAGUAAGGGAGAGAGUUCUAACCCAUCCAGCCACAUAAAGCCUCAUGCCAAUCCUAAACAGCCACGCCACACUGAGUGUCUCUUUGUGAGCAAGAGUGAUUUGAGAGAAGUGAGAAACACCACAGCCCCAUUCUUUGUGCUCUUGCACAAGGAGGUCCUACUUUCAACUAACAAUUUACCUUCAUCGCUGCCUAGUGUUGUUCUUGAUCUCUUACAGGACUUCGAAGAUGUUUUUCCCGAUGAGAUACCAGCUGGACUUCCUCCACUCCGUGGAAUUGAGCAUCAAAUUGAUUUAGUACCAGGUGCUUCGCUUCCAAAUCGUCCAGCCUACCGCACCAAUCCUGAAGAAACAAAGGAAAUUCAGCGACAGGUAAAAGAGCUUUUGGACAAAGGGUAUGUUCGUGAAUCCUUAUCACCAUGUGCAGUUCCCGUUCUUUUAGUCCCAAAGAAAGCUGGCUCUUGGCGCAUGUGUGUUGAUUGUCGUGCUAUCAAUGCUAUAACUGUUCGAUAUCGCCAUCCCAUUCCACGACUUGAUGACAUGUUAGAUGAAUUGAGUGGUUCUAUCAUUUUCACCAAGAUAGAUUUGCGUAGUGGUUAUCAUCAAAUCCGCAUGAAACUUGGUGAUGAAUGGAAAACAGCGUUUAAAACUAAAUUUGGUCUCUAUGAAUGGCUUGUGAUGCCAUUUGGCUUGACAAAUGCUCCUUCAACUUUUAUGCGCUUAAUGAAUCAUGUUUUACGAGCUUUCAUUGGCUUUGUUGUUUCCGCAGAUGGUAUUCAGGUUGAUGAAGAGAAGGUUAAAGCAAUAAAGGAUUGGCCUACACCGGUAAAUGGCCAAGGCAAGCUGAACCGUCGACAUGCUAAAUGGAUUGAGUUCAUUGAAAUGUUUCCCUAUGUUGUCAAACAUAAGCGUGGUAAAGAUAACAUUGUUGCCGAUGCCUUGUCUAGAAGAUGUGCAUUGAUUACACAACUAGAUACAAAAGUGCUUGGUUUGGAAUCCAUUAAAACACUUUAUGCUGCUGAUGCUGAUUUUAAAGAACCUUUCUCUCGUUGCAUUGAUGGAAAAGGUUGGGAUAAAUAUUAUGUGCAUGAUGGCUUCUUAUUUCGGACUAACAAAAUAUGCAUCCCAGCUUGUUCGAUUCGCCCAGUUCUUUUGCAGGAAGCACAUGAAGGUGGACUAGCUGGUCAUUUUGGUGUCAAAAAGACAUUGGACAUGCUCUCCGAU